AUGGACUGGUCCCCUCCACAGACCUUCUUGAUUUGAUGCACAAUGCUGAGACAUCCACUGAAGUUGAAAAUGGCUGGGACAGUGAUACGUCUGCCAUCAUACUGCUGCUACAUCUGCUACCGCCAUCAGCACAGGGACGCAAGAAGCCAGGGAAGAUAUCAGCAUCUAAUGCAGUGGAUCACCUCAUCAAAUUCCAAAAGACGGGAACAAGCCUGCAGCAGCAUCUAGACAACAUCACUGAAAGCCGUCAGCCCUACCUCCUUGCACAGGGACCACAAAAAAGCAGCAUUCACUCCUUCUUCAUUGCCAUCGACAAGCACGCACUUCCAUGCCAAGGCACCACCUCAGUCGGAGCCCUGGAUGAACUCUUCAAGGUGAGUGUGAAGCAGGAGGUGUUGCGUCAGCUGAACCUGUCGAGGCCCCCGGAGGACGAGGGCAGAGUGGCCCCCCCACAAUACAUGCUGCAGAUAUACCAGAACUACUCAACACACACACACACCACGCCACGCGCGGACGUCAUACGCAGCUACACACUACAAGGCAUCACCUCGUCGGGGUGUGAAGGAGGAGUGUCCAGACACAGGCUGCUGUUCAACGUCUCUCUGCCAAUCAGUGAAGAGAUCAGCUCAGCCAAGCUCCGCCUCUUCACCUGGGCUCCACCAAUCAAAACCUCCCCCUGCCCGCCCGGCACGGAACCCACGAGAACCGUACGAGUGUACCAGCGGAACCACACGGAACACACAGAACACACAGAACACAGAGAGCGGAACCACACGGAACACACAGAAGAACAAGCGACCUUAUUGGCUGGGAGGGAACAGGCAAGUCAACAAGAUGAGACCUCAUUGGCUCCAGAAGAACUGAUGAGGCAAGAACAUGACUCCUUAUUGGCUGGGAGGAAACACACCAGACAAGAAGAUGAGUCCUUAUUGGCUAGGAGGGAACACACCAGACAAGAACAUGACUCCUUAUUGGCUGGGAGGAAACACACCAGACAAGAAGAUGAGUCCUUAUUGGCUGACAGAGAGCAGGCAAGGAUGCAACCUGAGAUUUCAUUGGCUGAGACAGGCGAUCACCUGAGAGAGGACGGGCCACCGGCUCCGACUGACCAAUCAGGAGGUGAGCUGCUUGACGAGCGCGUGGUGAGCAGCAGCGAAGGCUCAUGGGAGAUGCUGGACGUGACGUCGGCACUGAGGAGGGCGAAGGGGGGGAAGGGCAGAGCGGAGGCGGAGCUUGAGGUGUGGGUGGGGCCAACACAGUGCCGGCCAAUAAUCAGGAGAGAGCAAACAGCCUGUGGACCAAUCACAGAUGACCCAACACCCUGCGGACGAAUCAGAGAUGAGGAGUCAGGAGGGCCGACAGUGUAUCGACCAAUCCCAGCGGAGGGGGAGGGGUCAGAUAGAGGGCAGGAGACAGUCUCAGAGGAGGGGGAGGGGUCAGAGAGGGUGCAGUGGGAGGGGCUAGGAGAGCUGGGUGUGGAUGUCAGCAUGGGCAGUAACCACUCGGCAACACUCAUCGUGUUCUCGGAUGACCAGAGGGGGCGCCAGAGACAAGCUGAACUGCAGAUACAGAGGAGACUCAGCAAGCGUGCCCGUCACUCCCCCAUCAGGAGGCGCAUGCGCCGCAGCAAGCGCGUCGAGUACUCUCCCAUCAGGCGCCGUGUGCGUCGCAGCAAGCGCGUCGAGUACUGUCACCGCACGUCUCUGCGUGUGAACUUCAAGGACAUCGGAUGGCAUCGCUGGAUCGUCGCCCCGCCAGAGUACGAGGCCUACGAGUGCAAAGGUGCGUGUGUGUUCCCACUCCGGCCUGACGUGACCCCGUCUAAGCAUGCCAUCAUCCAGUCUCUGGUGAACCUGAGUGACCCUAAGAAAGCUCGCAGGGCGUGCUGUGUGCCCACCAAGCUGGACCCGAUCACCAUCAUGUACCAGGAGAACGGAGUCAUCACCGUACGACACCUUUACGAAGACAUGCGGGUAGCGGCCUGCGGAUGCAGAUAA